ACGACUGCUCAAAGAGUGUUGGUCCAAAACAAAAAUCCCAACGAUUUUCUGCUCGCCAUCGUUUUCGUUUUGGCUUUCCGCAAGUUGUCCGAUUUUCGAUUCCAUAUUUUGCCGGAAAAAGUGACGAAAAGUGCCUAUUUUUGGUGGGAAGAAAGUUAUCUAGUCCUUGGAGAUUCGAAAGGUGUAGAAGUUUUCCGUUUUAGAGGAAUGGUGUAGUGGAAUUUUUGCCGAAACAGAAUGAGUGCAUUCGAGGUAAAGGUCACUCCGACCCGCCCGACCGCACAGCCAAAACGGCGAACGGAAUCGCGGGAACCGACACUGGUGAUGUUGGGACCGUUCACGCCCAAAGCAACGGUCAUUUUCGAUGGAGUGCCCGUCGGAAAAUCGGCUCGCCGCGAACUGAUCGUUAAGAACCCGUACGAUGAGGAAAUAAAGGUACUUGUAACCAAAAUACCGAGAACGGAAUUCAACCUCGGAUUACAAUGGACAUCACAGGAUAUUCCUGCCGGCGAAGAACGACAGAUGGACCUGGUUUGGAAUCCACUCAAAAUGUUCGCCAACAAGGAAGUGCUGCAAAUGAGCGAUAGUUUUGGCAACAAGAAAGACAUCGCGCUGAUCCUCAAAUCCGUAGAACUGAGAAAAGCUCCCCCAGUUAAGAAACCAGUAUUCAAACAAGUACCUCUUGUUCCCAAGAAGCUCAAACUAAAAUCUCCAUCACCGCCUAAGGCAGUAUUAAAACGCAAUCUGCUGGUCAAAAAACGAGAGUCGCCUGCAAGAAAAACCUUUGCAUCACCUCCACCACUCGCACGACAAGCCGCACCAAGGAUUAACGUUUUACAGCCGAGCAAUGCAUCCAAUCUAUUCAAUUCCAGUGAGUUCAAUUUUUCAAACAUUUCGGAAUGUAUUUCGGUGAAGACGAAGACCAACAAGGAAAAUGUUAGUCCUGUCACUCCGGAAAACGCUUCGAAGCUUUUUAGCAAUCUCAAAUUCACACCCUCGAAUUCACAAUCCAAUUUGUCGUACCUGGCAAGUCUGCCUACUCCGGUAAAUUGCUACAAUAUAGACGACAUCCGAUUGGACAAACCGAAUCUCCUUCGUAGGCGACUCAGUAUUUCGCCGGAGAUCAAUCUGGACGAUGAAGAGCUCACUCCUCGGAUCCAAACCAAUCAAAGCGUACUGGCCAUGAAGGAAACUCCCAAAUCUUGUUACACAUCAUCGAAUCAAAUGCUAUCGGCACGGAACCAACAGCUGAGUCUCACCCCAACCAAUGCCACACGAAACGAAUUCGAUCCGAACUGUUUCUCAACCGUUACGAAGCAAUUCCAGUCCGGGAAAACCUACCUGAUGAUCGAUGAAACCGGCGAAAAAGACUCGAACAAACAGUUCAACUAUUCCCACGAUCUGGAACUGACCGAACUGCAACUGAAAUGCUCCCCAACGCCGUUCUCCCGCUCCGCGAAAACCGAUUCCCCCUGCAACGAGAUCCAGUUGGUUUUCCUCUCCAACCUGGAAGCGGCCUUGCACGAAUCAGACCAUCCCAAAACCCUGAACAAAACGCAAACCGUUUCGCCGUACGCCUCAAACCCGCAACUCUCGAUGAUUGCGGAGGAAAGCUCCCGGGAACUGGGCGUCACGUAUCACGCAGGCCGCAACAGUGAAGAGCUUCACCAAAUCCAGCAAAAAACGUUCAAAAUCGCCAGCCACGAACAUUUGACCAAGUGCAGCUCCGACGACAACAUUGUGCAACAUCUCACCAUGGAGAUCAAACAGCAGCAGCAGGGAUCGAUGCCGAAUCUGAAUGCCGCCGUCGCGGGGGAGUAUGAGGAUGAUGGCGAGGCGCGGAUGAUGUUCAAGGCGCACGAAAUCCGGGCCCAAUCCAGUCGGUUCAAUUUGCACGAAAUCAGUCGGAUCAGUGACGAGAUGAAACCGCCCGGAACGAAGCGCCAUCUGGACAGUAGUAUGGCUUCGGUAGACCUAGCGGAUGAGGCGCUGGCGGCUGUGGUCAUUUCACCGCCUAAAAAGAGCAAACUAAUGCAAACGACGCCUUCGAUGGGCUCGAUGCAGAGGAGUUCGUCCGUUGGAAGCGGCGGAAGUGGUGGCUCAAGAAGUUCUACGAUAGGAACGGCAUCGACGAGGAACCGUUCCAUGAGCACUUCGACUGCCGCCAAGCCGUGCUUUCAGGUUCCCAAAUCAACUGCUCCCCGUUCGCUAUCACUAAGACGCGUCCCAGUGUCCAACGGGUCUUCCAAGAAACUGCCCCUCGAAGAGAAGCGCAUCUUCCUAUACGAUUCGGAACUACAUCUGAAAACGCUUAUCAAUCCGGAUCCGUUUGCAGCAACGACAACAUGCGACCCCUUCCUGACCACUACAAUGUACCUGGACGAGAGGGCCUUCGAAAAGUACGAACGACAGUUGAAGAAAUGGCUGAAUGCACUGGUCACAAUACCGGCCGAUCUGGACACAGAACCCAACAAACCGCUGGACGUUGGAAAACUGUUCGACGAAGUAAAGGGCAAAGAGUUGACGUUGGCCCCCACCAAGGAACUGAUCUCAUCCAAUUACUACAAGAGCCGCUUGAAUCAACUCCGAAGCGCCGGCAUUUCGUUGUAUCUUAGCGAAAAGGUCGCCGAACCUUUGCGCAAGGUGCGAUCAGCUAUUGAAAAGAAAACGAUGACCCUGCGAACGGAUCGAGAUCUGCAUCUGGAUUUGGUACUGCAGCGUAGCGUUCUGGAGCUUUUACUCUGUUUCAAUCCGCUUUGGCUCAGACUGGGUUUGGAAGUGACCUUCGGGGAGCAGAUAGAUCUUCAGUCGAACCGUGACGUGAUCGGUCUGAGUACAUUUGUUAUUAAUCGACUGUUUCGGGAUCGCUACAUGGAAAUGAAGAACUCUAAAGCAUACAGUUUAUCUCCUUCAUAUGCCGAGCACAUGAAAAAGUUUACAUUCCGCAUGUUUUUGUUUCUGUUGUUCUUUUUGGAUACUGCUAAGAAUCAACGGUUGAUUAAGCAUAAUCCUUGUUUGUUCGUUAAGAAUGCUCCUUACAAGGAAACCCGAGAGAUUCUGAUCAGAUUCUCGUCGCAUCUGAUUGCCGGAAUCGGCGAUAUAACGAAGCAUCUCAAGCGCUUCGGAUAUGUUCUGACACACAAGCAGACCUAUCUGGACGAGUUUGAUUACGCAUUCGAGAACUUGGCGGUAGAUCUACGCGAUGGAAUCCGGUUAACCCGGGUAAUGGAAAUUAUUCUGCUGCGAGAAGAUUUGACCCAAAACCUGCGAGUCCCGUCGAUAUCGCGUCUGCAAAAGGUUCACAACGUCAAUCUGGCUUUGAAAGCUCUUGAAGAUGCUGAAUACCAGAUAACGGGAGACAUCACUGCCAAAGAUAUAUGCGAUGGACACCGUGAGAAAACCCUGUCGUUGAUGUGGCAGAUUGUGUACAAGUUCCGCGCACCGAAGUUCAACGCGGCAGCGAAUGUGAUCCGUGACUGGUGGAAGCGGAACUGGCUGAAGGUGGUAAUUAGUCGGCGGAUCGAGGAGAAACGUCGGCGGAGACGAGAACAGGCGGCCGUGACUAUUCAGGCCGUCUAUCGUGCUUAUAGGACGAGGCAAAAUUUCCGCCGGAUGCGUGCGGAGAAGUUGAAGGCGGUGAUCAUUUUGCAGAAGUAUUCACGCAGAUAUCUCACCCAGAAGCACACGGCCCAUCGAUAUGCGUCGAUCUUACGCAUUCAGCGCUGGUGGCGUUCGGUGCAACAGACGAGAGCCGAUCGCGAACACUUCCUGCUACAACGCAAAUCUGCCACCGUGCUACAAACAACAUUCCGCCGCCGUGUCCUGGCACGAAAAAUUAUGGCAGCGUCGGUUGUCAUCGCCGAUCUGAAAGCCCAAGCUCGGUUGCGUCACGAAAAAGCACUGAUCUUGCAACGAUCGCUCCGAUCGUACACCAUUCACCGAAAAUUGCAGGCGAUCGUGAUGGGAAUGGUUGCGUUCAACAGGAGAAAGGCGCUGAAGUAUCGCUCAGCCGCCAGGAUUCAAGCCACGUUCCGAAUGUGGAAGCAAAGAGGGGAGUUUUUGCAGUUGAAGGAAGCUUGCGUAAAGGUUCAGCUGCGCUGGCGGGAAUGUUUACUGGCUAGAAAGGAGAGAAGGUCGUAUUUAGAAAUGAGGAAGAGUGCAAUUUUGAUCCAGCAAACAGUUCGCGGUUAUUUCAUGAUGAAGGAAGCCGUGGCGACCUAUCAGAAAGAGCGCGACGGUAUAAUUUUGGUUCAGAGAAUAUACAAGGCAAAGUUGGAAAUGAGGCGCGUCAGGAGCGAAUACUUGCAGGUCAAACUAGCAGCCAUUUGCGUGCAACGAAGAUUUAGAGCUUUGGUUGCGAUGAGGAAACAGAGAAGUGAUUAUCUGCAGUUGAGGUUGGCAACGUUGGUGAUACAGCAGAGACUGCGUGCUCAGAAUGUCAUGAAACUGGAACGUAAACGGUUUGAGACGUUGAAAGGUGCUGCGAUCGUUGUUCAACAGCAAUUCCGAGCUCAAGUGGCGAUGCGAGAAGCACGUGAUCGAUUCCAACUGAUGCGAUCGUCGUGUAUUCAGAUACAACGGCGGUUGAGAGCUACUAUUCUGAUGAGGAAGCAAAGAAUAGAGUUCUUAAAAUUACAGUAUCAUGUGAUGGUGGUUCAACGGCAGUUCCGCGCCAAUAUUUUAGCAAGGAAUCAACGGAAGCAGUAUUUGAAGCUCAGAACGAGCGUAAUUAAAGUUCAACGAAAGUGGCGAGCAACGAUUUACGCUCGACAGAUGCAGCUUCGGUAUCAGGAGCAAAGAAAUGCUGCUAUCAAGAUCCAGCGCUACUGGAGAGCCAUUCAACUGAAACGAAUGAUGCGUGAGAAUUAUUUGGACAAACGGAUAGCUGCCAUCAAGAUUCAAAAGUAUUUCCGCGGUCACCUGUUGACCAAACAAAUUCGUGAUGAAUUUGUCAGCCUCAGAAGUGCCACAAUCAAAAUGCAGCAACGAUAUCGAGCCAAUAAAUUAAUGCAAAUGCAGCGUAUGGAUUACGAAAGGUUAGUUCAAGCAUCGGUCGUGAUCCAGCGUCGGUACCGUGCUAAGCGGGAGGGUCUUCAGCAGUAUGUCGAAUAUCAGCUGCUGAAGAGUGCCACUCUUAGUAUCCAACAACGUUGGCGAGCGGUUCUUGAUAUGCGAAUAGUUCGCAGAGAAUACGUAUGUCUUCGUACGGCUUGUAUCGUUAUACAAAAUCGCUUCCGCGCCAUGCGAGCGAUGAGAUUAGCGCGUACGGAGUAUCUUCAAACGCGAUCCGCUAUCGUGUUGAUUCAGCAAAAAUAUCGAGCAAAACGGGAGAUGGAACGAGCAUGCGGACACUAUCUGAAUGUGAGAAGUGCGACAAUACUCAUCCAACAGUACUUCCGAGGGUAUUUGGAAAUGAAGCGCCAGAAGGAGUCGUUCGUUCGGUUGCGAAGUGCUACACUAUGUCUUCAGACGAGAUUCCGAGCAAUGAAACAGAUGAAGUUGCAGAGAUCGCUCUACCUGGAAGAACGAUCUUCCGCAAUUGUUAUUCAGCGUUACUUUCGAGGCUAUCUUGCCACGAAACAACAACGUAGCAGUUUUCUACAAAAGAAGCAAGCUUGUGUCGUUCUUCAAUGUCGUUAUAGAGCUAGAUUGGCAAUGCUAAAAAAAAAGUGUGAAUUUGACCAUCUACGAUCAGCUACAGUUACGAUCCAGCGGAAAUGGAGGGCUACUAUGGCCAUGACACGGCAACGUAGCUCCUAUUUGAGAAUUUUACAAGCAACUCAAACCAUCCAGAUCCGCUAUCGAGCCUACAGGCUUCGGUUGCUUGAUCAGUUAAACUAUCGAGUAUACCGAAGUGCUGUCAUCGUUAUCCAACGCCGCUUCCGUGCAAAGCUUCUCACCCGCAUUGACCAGGCACGCUUCCAGCACAUCAAAGUUGUUACACUCCGUUUGCAAGCCCGCUGUCGUGGAUAUCUCGCCCGCCAAGCGUUCCUUAAAAAGCUUACACCCGAGUUCCGAGAGCGUCGUCUACGGGAACAAGCAGCCAAACGUAUUCAAGCUUGCUGGCGUGGUCAUCAGUAUCGCAAAAAACAUCAAACCGUUACCAUGCGGGACAUUGCUCUGCGUAUGAUCGCAAGUCGACGGGAAGCCGCCAGGGAUCCUUCCAAGCGGGUCAGCAAUAUUCUUCGAUCCUGCAUGAAAUUCAUCCAAUCACGCUUUGCCGUCCACGAGGCCAUCAAAGUUCUUCUCCGGAUAGAGCAAAUUUCUCGCACUGUGCCCUACCUGCUGCAAAGCGACGCCGUAUUUCUGGCCGCUUUUUGCUACGUCACCAUGGCACAAGCUAUUCGAUCCGAACUGGACAAGCAGCUGAUUGAAAUCUGCGCUAGGAUUAUCCUCAACCUGGCGCGAUUCGAGGGGACAAAAAAGGAUGCCUUUCAGGAAAAUGGUUUGGUUACGGUGUCCCAAAUGCUGCUGCGCUGGUGUGAUAAGGAAUGUGCCAUUUUCAAUACUCUCUGCACACUGCUCUGGGUUCUGUCUCACGACACCCACAAACGAAACGCUAUCCGGCGCUACAUGAUCUCUCGCGAAGCCAUCUUCAUGCUGCGGGAAACGAAGAAGCUGGUGCAGCGCAAAGAGAACAUGCGCAAGAAUGUCAAGAAACCGGUGGGAUGCCUGGCGCCGCCGGAUCCCACUCUGAUGCGGAUGGAACCGGCCCUGGAGCCGGACUAUGGGGUGAUACGCAGCAAACCGUACGUUUUCUACUCGUCGGUUUUCGCUUUCGAUACCGUGUUGAACGUGCUGGAUGUGGACAUCUCGUAAGUAUUUUUGCGUUCGCCGUUUGUAGAAGCGAUUUGUAACAAACUACCAUUCAUAGAUUGAUUGAUUGUAAGUGACUGUUUAGGGUUAGAUAUUGUCUUUAAUAAUUUUACCGAUGUUUGUUGUUUGUAGUGCACAACGACGAAAAUGAACUCUUUACGAAUAUAACUUUAAAAAUA